GAUGGCUAUGUCUACACUCACACCAAGGAUCGCCUAUGGCGUAAGACCCGUACACCUUAUGGUAGCUGCUUCGGCGCCGAUCCAAACCGCAACUGGGGCUUCCACUGGAAUGAAGUGGGCGCCAGCAGCAGCGCCUGUUCUGAUACCUACGCUGGACCCAAAGCGUUCUCUGAGAUUGAGACUUUGUCCUUGUCGAACUAUAUUGCCUCGAUCAAAGACAAGAUUCAGCUCUAUGUCUCGCUCCAUGCGUACUCGCAGUAUCUUCUCUAUCCUUAUGGCCAUACUAAAUCGUUGCCCGAUAACGUUAAGGAUUUCCAACAAGUGUUCAACGCAGCCAUCUCUGCUGUCUCCCAGCGAUACAAUACAAAGUACACUGGUGGAAACAUCUAUGAUGCCAUCUACCCUGCAGCUGGCGCCAGUGUUGAUUGGGCUUAUGGCACCCAGGGUGUGCGCAUGGCUUUCUGCUAUGAGCUGCGUCCUUCUUCCAACUCUUAUGUCACUGGAUUUAAGUUGCCUGCUUCCCAGAUUAUUCCCGCCAGCGAGGAGCUAUUGGACUCGAUUACCGCCAUGGUUGGCCAGGUGCAGAAAUUGGGCUAUUUCAAGUAAUAAUUUCAACAAUAAAGGACUCAGAUUUUAAAAGCA